UCCAUAAAGUUCUAUAAACAUCACACAUAAUGGGAAGUCAAUUUUAUAAAACACAAGAAAUUGCUGCAACUCUCAACAUGCUCUAAAUUUUCUGAAGCCUUUGAAUUUCUCUCUUAUAAUGGAUAGCAAUCCAAGAAACUGGAGAUGCGCAAGUAAAAGCCACUUGUUUGUAAUUUUUGCCCUUCUUUUACUCCAAAACUGUCUUAUCAUUUGUGAGAUAUUUGCUGAGGCAGAGAAUAGUGUUCACAUCGUGUAUAUGGGAGAUAAGAUAUAUGAUGAUCCAAAAACUACAAAAAAGUAUCACCACAAAAUGCUAACUUCAUUGUUAGGAAGCAAAGAAGCAGCAAAAACCUCAAUUCUUUACAGCUAUAAGCACGGGUUUUCUGGGUUUGCUGCAAGAUUGACAAAAUCUCAGGCAGAAGAAAUUGCAAAGUUUCCGGGUGUUGUCCAUGUCAUUCCAAAUCGUAUUCUCAAACUCCAUACAACCAGAAGCUGGGACUUUAUUGGGAUUAGCCACCCCUUCUCAAGAACUGCUUCUACAGGAAGCAGCUUCGGUCAAGGAACCAUCAUAGGUGUCAUAGACUCAGGAAUCUGGCCUGAGUCUGAAAGUUUUAACGACGAAGCAAUGGGUCCCAUCCCGCCACGAUGGAAAGGCAUUUGCCAAGGCGGACAGAACUUCAAUUCCACCAACUGCAACAAGAAGAUAAUUGGCGCUCGAUGGUUUGCAAAAGGAAUACCAAACCAGACUAAGAAGCUCAUCCAUUCAAAUAACAGCAAUGAAUUUCUCUCAGCAAGAGAUGGUGUUGGUCAUGGCACUCAUACCGCUUCAACAGCAGCAGGGUAUUUUGUAGGAAAAGCAAAUUAUAGCGGACUUGCAAGUGGUUUAGCCAGAGGAGGUGCCCCUUUGGCUCACUUAGCAAUCUACAAAGCUUGCUGGGGCAUGCCUGUUGGAGGUUGCACAGAUGCUGAUGUCCUAAAAGCUUUUGACAAGGCUAUACAAGAUGGAGUAGAUGUCUUGUCUAUUUCUCUAGGCAUUGAUGUUCCUUUGUUCUCAUAUGUUGAUCAACGUGAUACAAUAUCCAUCGGUUCCUUUCAUGCAAUUGCCAAGGGAAUCACAGUUGUUUGUUCUGCUGGGAAUGAUGGCCCCAAAUCACAAACCAUUACAAAUACUGCACCUUGGCUAAUUACAGUUGCAGCCACCACAAUAGACAGGGGAUUUCCAUCAGCCAUUACUCUAGGAAAUAACCACACAUUCUGGGGACAGUCCAUAGAUACUGGGGAACGUGAUAUUGGAUUUGUAGGGCUUACAUACUCUGAACGCAUAGCGCUAGAUCCAAAAGAUGAUUUGGCCAAGGACUGCCAGCCUGGAAGUCUGAAUGCAACAGUAGCAGCAGGCAAAAUUGUUCUAUGCCUCUCGGAAUCAGACCAACAGAAUAUCCUUUCUGCAUCAAUCACAGUACAAAAGGCAGGUGGAGUUGGACUAAUAUAUGCGCAAUUUCAUGAGGAUGGGCUCAGCAAAUGCGGUUUGAUUCCAUGUAUUAAAGUAGAUUAUGAAGUCGGAACACAAAUCAUAUCCUACAUCAGAAGGGCAAGGUUCCCAACUGCAAAACUGAGUUUGCCAAAGACCGUUAUUGGAAAAUGGGCAUCUCCUCGAGUAGCGUCUUUCUCAUCUAGAGGACCAAGUACCAUAUCUCCAACCGUGCUGAAGCCUGACAUAGCUGCACCAGGUGUGGACAUUUUAGCUGCAUAUCCGCCAAAAGCCAGGACGCCAAACAGUGGAUUUGCCUUCUUAUCUGGAACUUCAAUGUCUUGUCCUCAUGUAGCAGGAAUAGCAGCUCUCCUCAAAUCAAAACACCCAACAUGGUCACCUGCAGCAAUAAGAUCAGCUCUUGUAACAACAGCUUCUCAGACUGCAACUGAUGGAGACGUUAUAUCUGAAGAGGGUUCUACUCGUAAAGCAGCUGAUCCAUUUGACAUAGGGGGUGGACUAGUGAACCCUAACAAAGCCAUUGAUCCAGGGCUCCUAUAUGACGUUAAGUCCCAGGAAUAUAUUCAGUUCCUCUGUUCUCUGAGCUAUAGCAGUGGAUCAAUCAGCAGAAUCACCAAAACAAUCAGAAGCUGUGGAAAAGAGAAAAAUCCAGGACUGAACCUGAAUCUUCCCUCUAUAUCAAUUCCAAAUCUGAAAAAGACAGUAACAGUAACGAGAACGGUGACAAAUGUGGGAAAUGUAACUGCAGCCUAUAAAGCUAUAGUGAAGGCUCCAUAUGGCACAAAAGUUAGAGUUAAACCUCAACUUUUGAGCUUCACUUCAGCAACCCCAGUUCUUUCGUACAAUGUCACUUUUGUGUCAACCCAAAAGUUGACUGGAGAUUACAAAUUCGGGAGCUUAAUAUGGACAGACGGCAAGCAUUUCGUCAGGAUCCCGAUCGCAGUGCGGACCAUAAAAUUUGAAUCCUAUGCAGAUUUGUAGGCUUUUAUGUAUCCAUGAAAUUGAAUUACAACUAGUAAAGUUGAUGUUUUCAGUCUGUUGAAUAAUACCGGCGGCAAACGUGUGUAACAGCAAACUCCCGACUGGUUGCUUGAGUCGUACCCAGAAGGACACUGUCCUUAAGAACUAUUUCGGCACACCCUCAGACGGCCGGCAAUUCCCCAGGAUUAAACAAGCACUUCCUCGGUGGAACGAGGGAACAGAACAACGGAGACCAAACGUAAAGGAACCCACUACCUCUUGAACUCGCGCGCAGGGGGGGCGAAUCGGCUGAUUUCAACUGCGAUUGCCCUGAGUUGGCCUGUCUCAUGUGCGCGAGGCCACUUUUCUUCCAAGCCCAUUUUACUAGCCCACUUCAUUCCUUAGUAUAUAUACACUAGGAGAGUCUUUCUUUUAAUCAAUGUGGGACUUUGACACACACACACUUUUGACACACAUACAACACAGUCUUGCUAAGCUACUGACCCAGACCUUCAAAUGUAUUCACUUGGAAGAAAUCGAACUAGAAAGUAAUUCAAGCACAAUGCUUCUUUCAAAUAGGGAAGGAAAAUCCUGAUCCACUGAUCCAGCAUUUAGGGUCGUCAAGUAAAUAAAACGGUUCUUUCUCUCCAUAUUCUAUUUUGAUAUUUUCAUGAUGCGAUUGUACUGAACUACUUAGGCAGGGGCUAGAGUGCUGGCACCCAGGAAUCGAAAACAUGAAGACAUAUCAA